AUGUCGUCACCCACGCAGCAGCCAGACGGUAGGACAGACGCCGCGUCGGGAUUGACAGACAGCUCGCACACCCCAGAUCCGGCUGCGACCUCGUUCUCAGCCUCGCCUAGACUUGCCGGAACGCAGGCUCGCCAACGUUCAGUGAGGACAAUUCCUCCCUGGAUUGCUCUCCAUCAUGAGGUUCAUGACCCCAGCGUCGAAGAGCAGCUGCGGCUGCUGAACCCCCCUCGGCCCUCCACCGCGCCGCAGCACAAUGCCACGCCUCAGGAGCCCAAGCGGCGAGUUUCACAGGACGGAUUCGUCUCCUGGGAUGAAGACCCCAAGCUGGGCCCUCCGCAAUCCGAGCGCGGCCGCAUUCCACAUCUGUUCAAGUACGGACGAGCUUCGGCACGGGGGAGGAAAUGGGAUCACCUUCGAUCGGCCGAACCCGUCAUUGUCUCCUCCCAUGCCGCGGCGUGGAGACAGCCCGCCCUCUCUUGGGCCGAAUUCAUACGGUCAUCGGCUUGGGGACGGCCCAGCGGUCAAGAGAGCGAGAUUGUCGACGUCGAGGCCCUCAACCAGAUGCCGCCCCUCCUCAAUUCGCCAUCCCGAUUGCCACUGCACCCGCCAGAGAACAAACAUGAACAACGCAGCCCAUUCUCCAAGCGCGUGUGGAAGCGAGCCAUGCGCAGCUCCCUCUCCCCUUUGCUCUUCCGACUGACCGUUAUCAUCAUGUCCAUCAUCGCCCUGGGAAUCGCCGCCAAGAUGUUUGAUCUCGAAGACAGGGCGCUGGGCGAGGGCGCCGAGCGGACGCAGUCCGUCUUUGCCGUUGCCGUGGACUGCGUGGCCAUCCCGUACAACGGGUACAUGAUAUGGGACGAAUACACGGGGAAGCCACUCGGCCUGCGCUCAGCACAAUCGAAAACAUCCCUCAUCCUACUCGAUUUGGUCUUCAUUAUAUUCAAAGCGGCAGGCACAGCCCUCGCCUUUGAGCAUGUCGUCUACCACACCUUUAGCGGCCACGAGGUCAGGGAGCUGGCCAAGGCUCUUGCGUCGUUUAUGCUCCUCGGCCUUCUCGCAUGGACCGCGAAUCUCACCGUCAACAUCUUCCGAGUGAUAGCGCGGUUAGGGGGUGCCGAGGACGACCGCAGGUGA